CCUGCCCAGUAUAACAGCAGCCAUUUCUUGUUGGCAUUCCGGUCAUUUCCUGUGGGACUGAAGGGCUGUUGCAGGGAGAGCCCAGAGGGGUGCAGUACAACAACGCGGUGUUGCUAUGGAGAAACAAGCCUCUGGUUGCCGUGGGCAACGAGACAGACAAGGAGCCCACAGAGUGGACUCCACUGGUCAUACAUUUCAGCUGUUUUGCUGCAGUCCCCAGUGUCCCAAGCCUUCCUGUGGAGCAGCCCACUCUGCAGGGGCCGGGGCCUCUCCCAAGGGCCAGGACCGGCCCACUGGUCUCACUGCAGCUGUUUGUUACAGAGGGCUAUGAGCAGAGGCAGACCGGUCCUUGUGCCAUCACUGCUGACAACCGUGUCUAUGUGGAGCUUUCCGCCAAGGGGGCCCUCGGUGGGGGUGUGGAGGUGCGGUCCUGCAUGGUGUCUCCCCUAUCAGACCCCCGUCUGUCCCCUGGCUGGUCAGUCAUUAGAGACGGCUGCUCCGCUGACUCCUCACUGACACUCAGCAACAUGACACAUGGCCAAGAGGAUGAGAAGGAAGAGGAGGAUGAUGAGGAAUAUUAUGAAGAGGAAGAGGAGGUACCUAGUGGCCUGUCGUUCAGGCAUCCAGGAAGGGCUUGGAGGAACAAAGUAGGAUUGAGAAAAAGAGAACACGGUGGGAAGAGGGGACGAGGAGGACGAGCCAAAAGGAAGGAGAGCGAUGGAGGAGAGGAGGACCAGAUACACAGACUGAGGUUCAGUUUUGUCCUUCGGCCCAUCUACAACAACUCUGUCCAGUUUCUGCACUGUCGCAUCCGUCUGUGUGGCCCUGAGUCAGUGACCCAGGGGCCUCCAACGGCCAUAAUACAGAGUGGCUGUCCAAAUCCCUGGGGCCUCCGUAUCCCUGCCCUCGUAUCUAGACUAUCCAGCCAACAGUGUGAGUACAGAAACUUCUCCAGACCCAUGCUGGUCUAUCAGCCUGUUGGUGUGGCCAGACAGCUGGCGCCACCUGCUGGUCAGAGAGGUCAAAUGCCCAGUGUGUCUCAGCUGCCCAAGCCUAUCCCAGCCCACAGCAGCUCUGGGGUAGACACAGGCUCAGUGUUGGGGAUUGUGUUUGUUGCUUUCCUUAUGGGCAUCAGCCUGAUGGGGGCGCUGUGGUGCAUCUACUCUCACACAGGGGCUCCUCCACCAACCAGAAGAGGGGGCCUGAUCGAGAAUACUAACCCUGCCUUAUUAGACUCUUCCAACAGCUCUGUGUAGAGUGUUUCCUCUGGUAAAUCUGAGACCGAGGGUAAAGUGGGACAGAAGAUGAAACACCUGGUGUGUGUCUGUGAGUGUGUCAGACCUGGGUUCAAAUACAUGCAUAUUUAAGGGGGGGGGGGGCGGUGCAACUCAAUAUUAGGAAGGUGUCCAUAAUGUUUUGUAUACUUGGUGUACACUUUUUGAAGCAAUGAGAUGUGUAAAGGUCUGAAAGACUGAGACUACAUGAAUGUCUACAGGUACAUGGCCUCAGCAACUCCUCAAAGUGUUGGACGAAAUACUAGUCAGUGCAUUUGAUCCAUUAUACUGUAUCUACAAUGUCAUAACCUGGGCUCAUAGAAUGGAAUGGUGUGAUUACUGGCUAUAGGAUGGGCAUAUAUCUGAACCUAGCCUAGUCUAAUGUUACAACAGAAACAAGCACUACAGAGUUUAAAGAGGAGGAACACAUGAAGUCAAAAGAAUAUGUGUGAGGGGAAUUGCCAUUAUACAGAUCCUUAUUGUAUAUAUCUAUGUUGUAAUUGUGACCCUUUGUUUGAUAUUAUCUGUGCUGUUUCUAUUUAAAUUAAAUAUCUGUGACUGAG